ACUCCAAUUUUGAGUUGACUGAGUUUCACGCUACGGGGGCCUUUUCGUGAAGUUAAGCAAGCAAAGCAAAGCAGAGAGCGUCCUCUCUGCAAAAUCCUCCUCUGGACUGGAAAUUCUUCUGGUUGCGUGAUUCAGCAGGACAGAGAGUGGGCAAAAUCGACAAGUUUUUCUUCGUCAAAACAAAAUCGGCAAGUUUUAAAUCGUGGGAAAUGAGCAUGGAGUAUGAACACCAGCUAAUGGCGAUGCAGAUAUCACCGGCGGAUGCCCAUGGGACCACUCCAGGGAAGGAACAGCAGGCUGCUGGGGUUGGCAUUCUUCUACAGAUCAUGAUGCUCGUCCUCUCUUUCGUCCUCGGCCAUGUCCUUCGGCGCCACAAAUUUUAUUAUCUUCCUGAGGCCAGCGCUUCCCUUUUGAUUGGUUUAAUUGUCGGUGGACUUGCUAACAUCUCUAAUACGGAAACUAACAUCAGGACGUGGUUCAAUUUCCAUGAGGAAUUUUUCUUCCUAUUCCUCCUACCUCCUAUCAUAUUUCAGUCCGGGUUCAGUCUCUCACCUAAACCUUUCUUCUCUAACUUUGGAGCCAUUGUCACUUUUGCUAUCCUAGGAACCUUAAUAUCUUCAGUUGUUACUGGUAUUCUAGUUUACCUUGGUGGUCUGAUAUAUCUCACGUACAGACUUCCAUUUGUAGAGUGCUUGAUGUUUGGUGCUCUUAUAUCAGCAACUGAUCCAGUCACUGUCUUGUCCAUCUUUCAGGAACUUGGCACAGAUAUGAACCUGUAUGCUUUGGUGUUUGGAGAAUCUGUUUUGAAUGAUGCUAUGGCAAUUUCCUUGUACAGGACAAUGUCCUUGGUGAGAAGUCACGCAUCAUCUGGACAGAACUUCUUCAUGGUUAUUGUGAGGUUUCUUGAGACCUUUGUGGGUUCCAUGUCUGCAGGUGUUGGAGUUGGAUUUACUUCUGCUUUGCUUUUUAAGUAUGCAGGGUUGGAUAUUGACAAUCUUCAGAACCUGGAAUGCUGUCUUUUUGUCCUCUUUCCAUAUUUCUCUUACAUGCUUGCAGAAGGUCUUGGACUGUCUGGUAUUGUGUCAAUAUUGUUCACAGGAAUCGUCAUGAAGCAUUACACGUAUUCAAAUUUGUCAGAGAACUCUCAACGAUUUGUUUCUUCCUUUUUCCAUUUGAUAUCAUCACUAGCGGAGACAUUUGUAUUUAUAUACAUGGGCUUUGAUAUUGCCAUGGAACAACAUAGCUGGUCACAUGUUGGGUUCAUUUUUUUCUCAAUUAUAUUUAUUGGAGUUGCAAGGGCAGCUAAUGUUUUUUCUUGCGCAUAUUUGGUCAACUUGGUUCGACCUGCACAUAGACAGAUACCUUUAAAACACCAACAAGCACUUUGGUACAGUGGACUUCGAGGGGCAAUGGCUUUUGCCCUCGCUCUGCAAUCAGUUCAUGAUCUUCCAGAAGGACAUGGUCAAACUAUAUUCACUGCAACCACUGCCAUAGUUGUUCUGACGGUGUUAUUAAUUGGAGGUUCAACGGGUACCAUGUUGGAAGCUUUACAAGUUGUAGGUGAUGGCCUUGAGGGUACUUUGGGUGAAAGUUUUGAAGGGAACAAUGGCUAUAUUGCUCCUUCUUAUAACGAGGAAGCAUCAUCAGGAAACAGGAUCAAGAUGAAACUGAAGGAAUUCCACCAGAGCACAGCGUCAUUCACAGCUUUAGAUCGGAACUACCUCACACCGUUCUUUACAAGUCAGAAUGGUGAUGAAGUGGAAGAGCUUGAUGAGCCAAUGCCUAGCUCUGCAAGAGGGGGUUUCCAAGGUCAUGGCCAACAUUCUCGGUGAUUCGUUUUUCAGGAACAGAUAUGGUAAAAGAUGAAGUCAAUGUUGUAUAUAGACGUUCGUCAUAAAAAUGGCCUCAUAGGUGAAAGGCACAAAUCCACUAAUAUCAAAUUUUUGUAGUUAUUAAUAGAAUUUGUAAAUACUGGAUUGAACCAUCUGUACCUAACUUUGUUCAUUUAGUGCCUGUAUAAUUCUUAAUUUCUUGUUUAUGGCACUUGAAAUUGAAAUUGCGUGAUUGUCUUCAUUAGCUUAUAUAUUAUUAAAAUCCAUUUCUUG